GCUUGCAGACGGCGCCCGUGCGCGUGGGCCGGGGCCGGGGCCGGGGCCCGGGCCGGGGCCGGGGCCGGGGCAGGGGCAGGGGCAGGGGCGUGGCGGGCAGCGCUCGCGGGUGGCUCACGGUGCUGGUGGUGGCGGUGGAGCGCGCGGGUGCGGCAUGGGCUGCCGACCCUCGCAGCCUGCAGGAGGCGAGAGACGCGUCCCCGCGCCCAAGAAGGGCUGGGAAGAGGGAGUCAAGGCUGAUGUCAAUGAGACCUGUUCCAAGGAGCAUUGCAGUCCCCAGACUGAAGCUGCACUGUCCAGGGAUACUGUGGACCAUGCAGAAGGCUCAGAGCCCCCUGCCCAGAUGGGAAGUUUACCCGGGGCCAUUCCAGAAAGUUCUCCAUCUCCCAGUGAAAAAAGCAGAAAAGAAAAUUCAGAACUAGUGAUCAAUGGACUAAUUGCUAAGCACCAAGCCCUAGAGAAUCAAGAGCGACAAAAGUCAUCAGACAUCCUGGAGGAACUGAUUGUACAAGGAAUAAUACAGAGCCGCAGCAGAGUAUUUAGAAAUGGAGAAUCAUAUGAUGUCAUGGUGCACACAACUGAGAAGCCACAGAGAAAGCCGCCAGCCAGACUGAAAAAGCUCCAGAUCAAAAAGACAGAGAAAGACUUCACAAGGAAAGACAGAGACCAGAAAAUGCAGGCAGCAGAGGCACGCCGCAAGACUAAAGAAGAAGAAACAAGAAAAAGGCUACAGCACGAGCGACUUUUGUUCCCAGCCCAGGGCUCAGAGGUAGCAGAAGUGGGCGGGGCCGAGGUGCCACCUGCCAAGGGACGUCACACAGUGAGUUCUGCCAUGUUGGAACCAUCUGACCCUGUCCUGCGGAGAGGAGAGCCCGGGAGCAAGGAGCAGGAUCAACGUGAGGCCACCUCCACAGACAGAAACUCCGAUUAUGGAAGUGUUGGCGCUGUGGAGUCAGACAUGUCCUACAACCGAGAGGAGGACACUUUCUAAGAAGCCGGAUCUUGUGGAUUUCCUAAGACAGCAUCUGUUCUCUCCCUGUGUGAUGUGCUUAGUGUCUCUUCUCCUUUGCUCAUCAGACGUCACUCCAUUGGGAUUUCUGCCUUGGCCUUAGGGAGCUAAAUGUGCUGAACAUGAGUUGAGUAAAACAAACAGCUGUACCUGCUAAGAAAAAAGGAGGGAGGCCGGCGGGAGCAGCUGGGCUGUUCCUCCCUCCUGUGUGCCUUGAAACCCAGUGAAGAUGCCUUUCACUGAUGAGCUUACAAAAUAGGUGUGUGCCAAAGGAACCCCAGCCUUUCUGCUCCUGCCCCUCGCUGUGCCCGUCCUCGUGGACAUCCUUUAAGACAAAUUGCAAGAGUUUGUGUUAAUGAUUUUACCACCUGCGUGCUUCUACUGCUGUACAUUUAAUUUGGUGGGGUUUUGUGUUUGUUUUUAAUUUUUCUUUGUGUUACCAAAGAAUAAAGCAGUCUCUUCCAGUUGGCCGAAUUGGUUUCAUGCCUAGAGUUUAAAGGAGCAAUAUCCGGUUCUCAGAAUGAUGUCACCAGUGGAGCUUGCUUGAUGCGAACGA